GGUUGUUAUUUAUAUGUUUUAUUUCUCUUGUUUGACAAUGUAAAAAAUAAUAAUUUUUAAGUCAUUAAAGAAACCUUAUUUUUUGAUAUUUAAGUGAGAAAAAAAAAUUGUAAAAAUAAUUCUGAUAGUGCUUAGUGCUGAUCACAUGCUGAAUGUGUAAUAAUAAGUAAAAGUAUUUUAAUAAAUAUCACGGAUGCUUACUUAAGGCAGGACAGGGUGAUUAUAAAGUGAAAUAAUUGUGUGAUGUUCUUGUAAGAAUAGAAAGAGAGUUUGUGAAAAGGAGAAGUGACCAAAAUUUGAUGACGACAUCAUAUUGAAUGUGUCUAAAGUGAAUACAGUCAAGGAAUAAGAAGUGAUCUAUUGUGUAGUGUAAUAUUUUCAAGGUUAAUCAGCAACAUCAUUAAUUGACGUGCUGGAUAGUGACAGAAUAAAAAAAAAGAAAUAAAAAGAUUUAACAUAUACAAAGAUACAAGGAAUCAAAUCUUUAACACGCUGAUCUUCAACAGAUUAUUGUGUACUGCUGUACUGUGUAGCAAUACAUUGAAUUUUAUUUUAUUUCGAGAAAAGGAAAAGCGUGGAAAAUAAGUAUUAACGGCGCACAAAUGUUUAACAACAUUCGAACAAUGAUUGCAAUUACAUUCGAGUAAAGGAACAGCUUUAUAGAGAUCGACCCACAGUUUGCAACAAUGGACAGCAAGAAAUUGCAAGCAUUACAGCAAGCAAACUCACAUUUGGCACCUAUGCCACAAACAAAACCACCGGGUCUACAGCAUCAUCACGACUUCCGUCCAACCCGAUCACCAGUCUUCCAAAAUUAUCCUCAAUAUCAAUCGUUGGCAUCAAAUUUUGCCACACACAUAAACAUGACAAAUAAUCCACAGGAGCAAGCAGCACUACAUAAAGCUGCGGCUCUCCAAAAUUCAUCAUCAGCUCAAUUAGGUUAUCAUGAUCAAAUUUAUCAGAGUGCAAAUGCGCCCGAUAAAAUUUAUCAUCAAUCAAGAUUGGCGGCACAUUUUCCAGCCGUCCAUCAACAGCAGGCGUCAAACUUGAGAUUACAGCAUCAAUUUCACGCACUUGAACAGGAAAAGAUUCAGCAACAAAUUAGAACUCAAAAUGAAGCUUUAAUGCAUCAGCAACAGACGUUUGCGAUGAGACAACAAAUGAAUCCUCCAGUGCCGAGUUUUCCGAGUCAAACUUCAUCUAUGUCAAAUAUGUCGUCACUUAAUAAUGUGCCACAAACCAUGAUGAAUAAUAAUCCAAAUAAUAAUAAUAAUCGAAACCUUCCACCAUCAAGUUUAAACAUACAAAAUCAAUACCAACCAGCACAGAGUCCAAUGAAAAUUAAUAAUACAAUACAAGCCCAACAACAUCAAAUACUAAUGCUUCAAAAUGAGAGGCAAUUAGCACAGCAACGACAGAUUCAUGCUGUACAACAAUUGUAUCACCAUCAACAACAGCAAAUACAUUUACAGCAAACACCAACGGAUGUGCCGAUGAUACAACAAAACAUACCUGGACAAGUUGUUAAUCAAGCUGUACAGACACAAUUGAGUGGUAUGAAAACAACAACAUCAUCGGGUUCUAUGAAAUCGCCGGAAACAUCAUCCACAACACCGAGUACGCCUGCAACACCUAUGACACCAACACAUGCGACAUUAGAGAAGCGGAAGAGCGAGCCAGUUCAUUCUCUUAAAUCGCCAGUAGCAAAGCGUCAUCCAAAUGCCCCCGUUGCACUAUCAGGCUGGUUAUGGAAGCAAGGAUCAGAAGGAUUAAAGGUGUGGCGCAAGAGAUGGUUCGUGCUUAGUGAAUAUAUUCUGUUCUAUUACAAAGGACCUGAAGAAGAGAAAAUUAUGGGUUCUGUGUUACUUCCAUCGUAUAAAAUUUCAGCAUGCACACCAGACGAUAAGGCAAAUCGUAAAUAUGCAUUUAAAUGCGAGCAUACCAACAUGAGGACAUAUGUGUUAGCUGCUGAGUCAGGAGAAACUUUAAUACAAUGGGUGAAAGCAUUAACGAUGGCAGCAAUGAUGCAAGGCUCAAGUGAAUCAGAAUCACAGCCAAGUAUCACAUCGUCGUACAAUAAUCCAUCGUUUGGUGAUAAUUCAGGUGAUUCAGGUAUUCAUACAUUCCAAUCUCAACAGACUAAGCUGGGAAGCGGUGGAAGCAAUAAUGUUGGUCCAGUGACACCAGCAUCAGAUAAUAGUCAUCAACCAUUGUAUGCAAAUGCACCGCCCAAGCCUCGUCGUGCAACUGAUUGUGGCUAUUCAUCACCGUCACCCGAGAAUGCAAUGGAUCAGUACGGACAAAUGCGACAGAUGCGACAAGAUCCAAUUUAUGGUUACAAACAGCCAUUGCCACAACAGCAACAACCACCUCCACCAGUAAUCAAUCGUUCAACGACAAAGACACCUGAUCCAGUAUUAAUGCAACGUAUGCAACAAAUGCGAUUAGAACAAAAUAAAUCACCGAGUGCACUUAAAUCGCCCCCAUCGACUUUACCGCAUCGAAGUGCAUUAGAGCAAGAGCAGUACAUGCAGAAAUUAAUGCUUCAUCAACAGCAAUUACAGCAACAACAAAAAUAUUUAGCAAAUACUAUGCCAAUGGCAUUUAAUAAUUCAGAGAGAAGAACGCCUGACACUUAUGGGCCAUCAGCGCGACGUCAAUUUGGUGAUUAUGAGGAUAUUUAUCAAUUAGGUAAAAAUGGAGGGCAAGUGAUGCCACAAAUAGCACAACAACAACAACCGACUCACGAUAUGGCAUAUCGUCGUCCGAUGAGUCCAACAAAGUAUGAUAAUAAUAUGCAGAUUCCACCGAUGCCACAACGUUAUACACCAAACUUUCUCGAACAACCAACAAACCAUCAACAAGUGUCAAUGAGAAAUAAACCGUCAUUGUCAUUAGCUCGUCCACAUUCGGCUGAUUUCUUAGAAUAUGAAGCGAGAAAUCCAGUGACGACAAGAAUGAAGGCUGAACCGGCACAAGCACCUCGUCCAAAGUCAAGUUUAGAUAUUAAUCGAUCUCAGGACAAUGUCUAUUAUUCAGAAUCUAAUUAUGCUGAAAAGAUGAGGCAGAGUGCUUUGUAUUUGCAGAAGCAAAAUCCAGCAGCCCAAAAUAACAAUGGCAAGGGGAUGAAUGAUCCUUAUUACAAUAGACAAGAUGAAUCAUCAUCGAUUCAUCCAUCAAUGAGCUCGCAGACAUUACAACGUGAAAUCGACAUGGUUCGAGCUAAUCGCUACGAAAUUAGUGAAGACAUUCAUAAUGGAUCAGCUAGUGUUCCACGUGUAAGACAUGCCGGUAAGAAUCAUCAGCAGCAGCAGCAACAACAACAACAACAAUUGAGUCAACAAGAGCAAUUUUUACGUUCGGCUAGUGCACGUUUGCCAACCAAAAAAGGUGAAGAAGAUCCAAAUCGUUUGGAUGGUGAGAGGAAGCGUGAGGAAUCAAUGAAGCGAUUACUCGAGUGGAAACAGCGAAUGCUACAAUCGCCAUUGACGAGAAAAGGUCCACAAUUAACAGUGCCACCACCAAACGGACCAAUGAAUACACAAAGUUUACACUUACCACCGAAAUCGCCACUCACGAUUCAACAGAAUCAAACUUAUUACCAACAGCAAGCAAUGAAUGAUGUUCAAAAAAGUAAUCAUGUGCUACAGAGAAGUCGGUCAGAAUCGCAUGCAGCAUUCCCAAAUGAAGAUUCAUCAGAUGAUGAAGCAUCCGUGUCGGUGAGAAAUAUUCGAAAUAUUCCAAAAGUACCAUUAACUGUAAAGCCAACAGAUCCCAACGACACACUCAAUUUAAAUCGUAACAUUAACGUCCAUAUGAAUGGUACAGGUGGCAAUAGUAGUAAUAAUAAUAACAGCAACUUCUAUUAUGGCACAAAUUACAUCAAACCAUCCGAUUCAAUUUACACUAAUGGACAGAUACAACAGCAACCGCAAGUUCAUCAACAGGAACCUAUACAGCACCAAUAUGCGGUUGUUAAGAAAACCGGAAGCAAGCGUGACAUCCGUGAGAAUCUUGAACGUGAGAAUUCUGCAAUUUUUAAGAAUUUAAAUGUCUCAGCUGGUGAUUUACUAAAUCGCACACAUGAAGAAUUAAUCUUGUUACUCAUUCAGUUGAGAAAAGAAACAAGUUCCACUGCGAGAUCUAUAGAACAAUGCUGCACUGAAAUACAUGAAGUUCAGAAUCGCAUCCGAACAGCAGAAGGUCAAGAACGAGCACAACAAGCUGAGAGAUUAGCAAAAUUAAAGCUACAAUUGUCAGAACUCGAGAAGCAAUAUGAGAAGAGUAAACCUUUAGUAAACUUAGUCGAUAAUAUGGUGAAACUAGGUUCACUCUAUCGUGGUGGCAAUCAACGAUAUCCAAACGAAACAACGACUCUCGAUAGAUUGGAAUUCAAUCAGAGAAUUCAAGAACGUCGAUUGAUGCAAGAAGAGCAACGUCAAUGGGAAAGAAUGAGUCCAAAUCAAUCGGAAUUGCAAACGAAAGUUCAACAACUUUACAAACUAGAUCAAGCGCUUCAAGAAGAGUCAGGAACAUUACAGAAUUUACAACGCGACAAAGAAGAUUUAGAGCGUGCACUUUAUGGAUUACGUUCAAAAUUGCAGAACGAAAAUGCACCGUUGGUCGUUGAAGCAGCGAGACGUCAACAGCAUGCACUAGAAAUGGAACUGUCACGAGUUCAUCAACUCUUGGCGGAGAAUUCAAAGGUAGAGAAGAAAUUAGAGCAAACGGUCGCUAGUAAUGCACGGCUAGAGCAAGAACUUUUAGUACUUCGUCAAAAAUUACAGCAAUCACGUGAUUCGAAAAAUUUCCAAUCGAACAUAAAUCAUGAUAGUGGCAAUGGACAGACGGCAGUUUUGGAAUCAGAACUCCGUCGUGUUCAACAAUUGGUUGGCGACAUGCAAAGACAACGUCAAGAACUAAGUCAAGCAGUACGCGAAUUAACCGAUAGCUCAAAUACAAUUUAUCAAGAGAUGAAUCGAAAUGUAACAGGUAUUAAGAAGCGUACAUCAUCGACAUCAUGGACGGAGACAGAUUUAGACUCGAUAGAUCAUAGUCGCAUGAGUGACUCAUUGAGUGAAUCGACAAUUCCACUUUUUAUUGAUACAAUGUCAAGUAGUAUGAAUUCAAAUAAUAUUGUCAAUUGUUCGGCAUCGAGUAAGUUAGAGGAUUAUGAUAUAAAUAAGUUAAUGAAUGGCAAAAUCAUGAAUGGCUUUGCUGACGAGAUAAUCGACUCAAUGGCUUUAGAGAAUGAUGAUUUUGAGGGAUCGGCAUUUAGUAAUCUCACGCAACAAGAGAAGCAAGAAAUUAAAACUGUUCGCAUCGUUAAGCGUGAAUCGGAGCGUCGACAACGUGAUCGUGAACGCAAUGGCUUGUUUAGCACACAAAAUUUAGAUCAAGUGCUUGAAGAGGAAGCGCAAUUAUUUAAUAGUGCCAUUAAUAGUGAUUCUUAUAAUGCUUAUCAACGAUCAAAGUCAUUACCACGAGGUAAUAAUGGUAGCGGCUAUAUAGAGACACAUGAGAUCUAUAAUCAGACACCAAACAUGCAGCAAUAUCAAUUACAAUCCAAAUAUUUGGCCGGCAAUGACUACUAUAACUCAUUAAAUAUGCAAAGUAAUGCUUAUCCUGUAUCAGUCAUCGAUCGUGUUGCUGAUUUAUAUUCCGAUACAUCAUCGCAAAUGACACAAAUUGAAAAGAGCUAUACAACAAAUUAUUAUCCAUCAAGUAAUGGGAAUUUAUCACAAAAAGCGGAAUCGAUACAAAGUCUCACAAAAACCCUCGGUGAAUUGAGUCCAGUAUUUCAAAGUGAAGCUGCACGACAAAUCAUAAUUGAAAUGUCAUCAGGAAAUUCAGGUGAUGAUGAAAAUGUUAAAGUGCCAAAUGCCAAUAAACAACGACGAGCAGUACCAAAAGAGAAGCGAAGACAUUUUACAGCACCGCAUCACGUUAAUGCUAAAACUGUACAAACUAUACAGUCGGAAAAUGACAUGAAUAAGAAUAAUGUCAAUUAUCGUGCACGUGAUGAUCUCGACAUGGAAGUAGCUCUGAGACCACGCAUCAAUGCACCGGAUGUCGUUCGUUCUGCAUUGGGACCGAGAGAGAAAAUAUCAGAGAACACGAUUGAUAAUUUAUUUGGUGCACCAAAUAAGAUUUUGAUCCCAGAACGCUACAUACCAGAACAAGCUCCCGAAUUAUCACCGGAAGAGAAGCGAAAGCGUCAGGAGAAGGUCGAAGCAAUUAAGAAAAUGCUGUCAGAAACAACGCCAACUAUCUCAGGAAAUGUGAGUUCGCAUGAUAUUGCACUGCCACCAAGUCAAUUAAGUGCUGAGAAAAAGCAACGUGAACAUCUUUUGCAACUAAACCAAAUUCUUGCACAGCAAGUUAUGCAAAUGAGUAAAAUUGUAGCUGGAAAUCCCGGACAUGAAGAGUCGACAACAAUUGCUAGUAACAAAAAAUAAUAAUUAGCCGAGCUGCUACCAGAAAUAAUAAUUUAAUUAAUUUUUGUGUUGCCGUUUUUUAUGUUAAAUUUGUGUUCACAAUAAUUUAUAAUUAAAUUCAUUAUUUUUAUGCAUUCAUCAUACUUCCGAAAUAAACCACCAAAUCAUUAUCAAUACACACAUUGAUUCGCAUCACACGAACUUAUUCUCAUCAUUAUCAAAUUUGUGGAUAUGAAAAAAAAUUGAAAAAACAAAAAAAAAUCCAAUUUUUUGAUUGAUUUUAUUAAUAGACAAUGGAGACGAACAUUAUACGACGAGAGAAAAAGCAAUGGCCGUACUUCCAUCAAAGAUAAGCGAAUUAGAAGAGGAACGUGAGUUAUCACAAUCACCAGUCGACCCACUACCAAUUUAUCAACAAAGGGAUAAUUACUUCUCAUAAAAUGCGUAAUACUAAUAAUGUUUAAUCUACGAAAAAGGAUUAAAAGUAAGAUAAAGCAACAAGAAACAUGAUUACUCGAGAAAAUUGUAGAACUUAUCGUAAUUAGUUUAGAUUUUCUAUUGAAUUCCGUCCAAAUUGAUGAUUAAAAAUAUAAAUUAAUUAGUAUUGAGUCAUUAGAAUGUGAAGGUUGGGUUGUCAGUGCAUUUUUAUUUUAUUUUAAGAAAUUGUAAACAAACCACUUGGUUCCUAAGUAACCGAAUCAUAAUAAGCUCAAAAAUAGCUUUAAAUGCCUUUUAAAAACAAAUUCAUGAAAAGUUCCUUAAUCCAAUGUUAUUAAAUAUAAUUAUAAACACCUAAUUAAGGAACGUAAACACUCUGUUUACUGAAAGAAUGAAAAUCAGGCACUCGAGUUUCAGAAGUUGCUCAUGAAACAUAAACAAGAGAGGAUAUGUAAUGUGAUUUAAAAUGAUGAAAAUGCACUGCUUGGAAGGUAUUAAAAGGGAUGAAAAAUGUUUGAGUUGAGUUUUUCUCAGAAUUUUCAUCAAAUUUGUUUAAAAUGCGAGGUAUUAAAAGCUUUAAAGAUGAUUAAACCUUUGUUUUUUAAUAAUUCUUUAAAAUUGCGUAUUUUUAUUAAUUCAAUCUAAGAAAAUUGUGCGAAAAAAGCAGAACUUGAUGUUUAUUGUUCUAAAUUUAGAGAAAGGCUGAUUAAGGGGCAUGCAGCUAUGAUUAAAAUACUAUUUCAAUCAUAAAAACAUUCAAUUAAAUUUUCCAAUUCCAAAUAUCAUAAAAACCCAACCGAAACAUCGAAUAUAUAAUGACUAAAUAGAUGUUGAGCAAAAUACGCAGUUUGAAAUCGAUACGAACAGGAAUAUAAGAUAGGAACUGAUCAAAAGAAUCAAAAAUCUUUCAUAUUGUUCAUCGCAAAUUAGUCUAGUAGGAAGUCUCUUGACACUUAAUUAUAUCCAUUUCAAAUCAACUCGAUUUACAAAACAAAUAAAGUAUUAUAAUCACAGCUUUCGAGCUUAAAGGCAUUGUUGCUAAUGUAUCAUCAUCGAGACAAGUAAUUAGUUUCCUUGCAUAUCAUUACAAAUAAAUUAGAAAUAAAAAAAAAAAUGUCGAUUGCUUCACAGAAAUUGGCUUCUUGAGGAUUUUGCUUUUUUUUUUCAUUUUGGUCAAUUAAGAACAUCGAAAAAAAAGAUUUUAUUUGCUUUCAUUAAUUGAGGCACGAGGGACGUAAAGUUAUUUUGAUUGAUAUGCGAAUAGUCUGAAUUAUUUAAUGGUUUUCAAACAGAAGAAUGAAGCAGUAUUAGUGGUAUAUUGAAAAUCGAAAGAUAUGCAAUAUUGAAUUCAAUUGAGGAUGGUUGAAAAGUUUUUGAAUUCAUUUUUAUUUCAACCUUCGAAUUUUUUUCUAAUUAAUCGGAAGUUAUCAGCUUCUAUUUUAUAUUAUAAAGCUCAAUCUUUGUUGAUCUAGCUACCUUAACAAUGUCAGUUCAAACCCAAUUGAAUCCCUUGUUUUAAUAAAUUACAUAAAAAAACUUAUUGUACCUUCGUAAACACACAUUAAACUAUCACACAUCAAACAAACGAAAACAAAAUUCAAUCAAUUAAAAAAUGAAAACCAUGUUACGUAAAUUAUGAAAACUAUCUUAAAUUAAAAAAAUAAUUAUGAUUAUAGGCAUAUUACCAGUUCAAAUUAAGAACUUUCUAUAUGGAUCGAUAUAUCAUUAACAAAAACAUAUAACCUGUCAUAUAAAUCGAAUAUUAUCCAAAACAAACUUCGUAUCAAGUGUUUUGAGCAAAAACAAAAACUUUUAUGGAAUCAAGAGUAUUAAUUGAAUUAAAUGUACCUCAAAUGGAAAAGAAAUUGUUGAAUUUACCUUCACUAAAAUUUUCAAAAUAAUUAUUUGAAUGAUUCGAAGAGAUUUAAAGUUAAAUUUUGAUGGUGGGGUCAAAAAGGACAUUUUAGAAGUUAAAAAUGAGAAUUUAACAAUUUAACGGACUUUUCAAUUUUGAAAACUUUUGCGUCUUUAGAUGCAAAAUAUUCAAAAAUUUCCGUUAAAUAGGUCGAACUUAAAAAAUUGAACAAAAGAACUUAAACAUUGAAUAACAACCAAUCCAAUUAUAUAGUGACAUCUUUAAGCAAGACAAAAAGUCUUUAUCAUCAACAAACAUCUAAAGUAUCGACCCAAAGGCAAUAAAAAUGCACUUUAUCUACCCACCAUCAAGCUGAAUUGUUUACUCACUUCUGCACAUGAUCAAUUAAAAUUCUGUUUUAAUUACCAAUCGAUUGAAUAAAACAACAAUGUUAAUUUGUAAAUAUUCAAUUCUUUAAUUAAGCGAG